GUCAACAGCGAUAUGUCAAAAUUUUAGUGGGUUGGGUUACUGGUCAAUCAGUUUCUUGUUUUUAUAGUUAACGAGUUGAUAAAUUUUAUGGAAGUAAUAAUAUUUACUAAACCGAAUAAUUAAUGUAAAUUGAUUUUUAUUUAAUUAUUACAAAGAUGAGUAAAAAGUGCGCGAGGUGUGAAAAAACCGUUUAUCCUACAGAAGAACUAAAGUGCUUGGACAAGGUUUGGCAUAAGCUAUGUUUCAAAUGCAAGGACUGUGGAAUGGCAUUAAACAUGAGGAACUACAAGGGUUUCAACAAGGAACCAUAUUGCGAGGCUCACAUUCCCAAAGCGAAAGCAACGACGAUGGCUGAAACCCCCGAAUUGAAACGUAUAGCUGAAAAUACCAAACUUCAAUCCAAUGUGAAAUAUCAUGCGGAUUUUGAAAAGAGUAAAGGCAAGUUCACGCAGGUCGCGGACGAUCCGGAAAUGUUAAGAAUCAAACAAAAUACAAAGAUAAUUAGCAACGUAGCAUAUCAUGGUGAUCUUUUAAGGAAAGCUGAGAUGGAACAGAAGAGGCAAAUCGGUGAUAAUUCAAACGGUUUCAAAGAUCCCGAUGUUAAAAACGCCAAUCAUCCCUCGCCGCCGGCUUACAAUCCCCCGCCUUCUUCAUCUAAUACACCCGCUCUAGUUCCGAAUAGCGUCGGCAAAAUCAGCGAUUACGAUCCUCAAGGAUCAGCCGGACAAUUUCAGAGCCCUUAUUCCUCGAGAAAUUCACAGACGCUCAUCUAUUCAUCAGAUGUCGGAAGCGUAACUAAUCCACCUCAACGGCAUAUAGGUUCUGUUCAUGAUAUGGAUCCCGUAAACCAUAAUUAUGGUUCGUUGGGUCGUGUAUACCGCGCCAUGUACGAUUACGAAGCUCAAGAUGUCGACGAAGUCAGUUUUCAAGAUGGAGAUUUAAUAAUAAACGUAAGGAGCAUCGAUAGUGGAUGGAUGACUGGGGAGGUGCAACGUACUGGACAAGUGGGAAUGCUUCCUGCUAAUUACGUUCAGAUGGUUAAUAUCUGAAGAUAUUUUACUGUUCUCACCAUUUUUAUAUUAAAAAAAAACUAUGAAUUUGAUUUAAUUACAAUUUAAAGUUUAAGUUAAAGCAAAUUUUAUUCAUAGUUUUUUUUAUACAUACAUAUAUAGAAGAAAACCAGUGAUGAUCAUUUUCUCUUUAAUUUUUUAAAUCGUAAAUUUGACAAUAAGUUAGUGUGCCCAAUGUUGCCAGUUUUUCGGUUUUUCAAAAAAAAUUUUUUCUCCGGAACUGAAACCAUAUGGAAAACUUUUCUAUUAUUAAUCUUAGAAAAAAAAAUCGAUUCUUAAUAAAAUGUAUUUGUUUUAAAAUUUGAAAUACAAUCGUAAAGUAUCGAAUUUUUGUAGUCAUAUACGAGGUGUGUUGAAAAAUAUGAGUAAUAUGGAAAUAAUUGUUUGGCAGUCAAAACUAAGCUGAAUGUAAAUGUAUUUAAUUACAAAUUUACCAUAUUUUCUUAUUAAUAACAAUUAAAAAAAUUGUUAAAUAUUAAUCACGAAUAAAAUUCAUACUUUUCGACUAACCUCGUAUACCAUUGAAAUAAAUCGAUAAAUAAUGAUUGCAUUUCACAUUUUUGAAGGUUUAGAACGUUUUAUUAAAAAUAACUUUUUUCCUUAAAUUAAUAAUAAAAAAGUUUUCGCUAAUUUUCAACUUGCACUUUUUGUUUUUCAAAAAAAAAAUUUUUCUUUGGAAAUCUCCUUUCGAAUUUUCAUUUUAUUUUCGAAAUCGUUAAUUACAUUUGAUAAUUUUCGAUUAUAGGGUAAAAUAUUUUAUCAUUUCCAACUAAAUAAAGAAAAUCGUGUCAGGAAAAACCGUUUUUGAAAGAAAAGUUGAAACCGUGGCGAAAACUUUGUUAUUAUUAAUUUUAGAGAAAAAAGUUAUUCUUGAUAAAACGUUCAGCUUGUUUCAAAAUCUAGAAUACAACCAUCAGUUAUAAAAAUUUAUCAUUUAUAUACGGGGUACGUUCAAAAAUCCCAAUUUUUAUUAAAGAGUAAUAUUAAAAAAUUCAUACUUUUCGACUAACCUCGUAUACGAUUUAAAUAAAUCGAUAACUGAUGAUUGCAUUUUACAUUUUUGAAGGUGUAGAACGUUAUAUUAAUAUAUUUUUAUCUGAAGUUGAUAAUAGAAAUAUUUUAAUAAUUUACUAGGAAAAUUAAUUUUCAAUCGUCAAUUUUCACUAAAUUUUGUUUUUAUUUUCGAAAUUUUUGAUAAUUCUGAUAAUUAUCGAGUAUUAUUUGAAAUAUUUCAACAUUUCUAACAAGAAAAUGUAAAAUUCUAAAGAAUUUGUCUAUAUAAACAAGGCACUAUCCGCUGUUCGAUUUAAUCAAUUCUAAAGUUCAACUUAAUUUAUAUAUAUUACAAAAUUUUGUAUAAAUCAAUUAUAUUUAUAAGGAAAACGUUGAAAGUACUUGCCAUUUUCGAAAACGGACAUCUGUAAAGAUCUUUUUGAAAAAAAAACUGGUACAAUAUCGAAAAAUUUUUGAUUUAUAAUUUCAAAAUUGCACCAUUUAGGUUAAGACCCUCAAAACUAUGUAAUUUUACAUUACCAAAGGUCGAUUACCCUUUGUCUUUGAUCGUUACUACCACUAAAAUCUCACAGUCUGGUCCUUCGAGCCGGAUAUUAACUAAAAUACAAGGCUCGAAGGACCAAAUGAUGUGAAUUCUGUUAUGGUGGUUGUUAGUUAUGUAUCAAUGUAACUAAAAGUUUCAAGUUUCGGUACAUCCUUGCUUUUUAAUUGUCGUGGCCAAGUUGAAGAAUGUUUAACUCGGUAUUGCGAAAAAUUUUCGAUUUUACCAAAUUAUAAUUUCAGAAUUGCACCAUUUAGGUUAAUAUCCUCAAAACUAUGUAAUCUAACGAGUAGUUAUGAGAGAAUAAAACGAAUUUCCACUGGAACAAACUGAUGCAGGAUAGACAAAAAUGGAGAACAAUAUGUGACUAACUGUAAUUUUGUCACAUAUGUCACAUCAGUUUGUUCCAGUCCCAUACUCCCAGAUUUUCCAUAUCUUGCACAAUCUGAUCUUCCAAUCUUUGCUCGAUCGGUCUCCAUUCUGUGAUUUUCCUCGUGCCCCGCCUUUUUCCAUUCUUUUAACAUGCCCAUACCAUUCCUUCUGUAAACCUGUCCUCCAUCGUUCUUUUCAGCAUAUCUCUCAUGUUUUCGUCCUGUGCUAUAUACCGGUUUUCCAUUGUCAAUAGCUCCAACACGUUGGCAGGAUUGAAUAAGGCUGUGUUGGUGAAUGUGAGAUAUGCACAGUCCUCUUUCAUCGAGGAGUUUGGUCUUAUCAACACAUGAAAACUUUUCGCGUAGAUAAAAAGAGAAAAA